AUGACGAAUGAAGAGGAAAAUCGGAAAGAAUCGGUUCAAAAAUCAAUUGAAGCUAAGAAACAGAAGUCAAAAUCGGCGUUGCAUGAAGCCAAUUCUUCAGGUGAAUACGAAGAGAAAUUGGAGAAGAUGAGAGAUUUAGUAAAGCUUAAGGGCGACGGAGAUGAUCCGACGGAGAACAUGAUACACGACCAAAGGCUAGGCGUGGCCGGUCAUUACCGGAAGGAGAUUGAUGCAAUUGUGCAGAAGCAUUAUUUGAAAUUAGGAGAUGUUAAUUUUUGUGGAUUUCAUUCAUCGCUUCAUCAAGUUUCUCUUUCAUUUCGACUGUUGAGACAAAGAGGACACCAUGUAUCUGCAGAUGUGUUCAACAAUUUCAAGGGUCAGGAUGGGAAGUUCAGAGAUGAACUAAAGCAAGAUGUUUGGGGAUUGCAUGAAUUAUGCGAAGCUACACAUUUGAGUUUUGAAGGAGAAAACAUACUCAACGAAGCACAACAUUUUAGCAGCCAACUACUGCAUAUAUACUUAGCUGCUAAUUACACCAGUUCUAAUGUUGUGAAGAUGAGAUUUAGGCACCCUUUCCACAAAAGCAUUGCAAGAUUGAACUUCCAAAGAGAUGUUAUAGGCAACGAUAAAUGGAUAACAACGUUAACACAGCUGUCGGAAAUGGAUUUUCUCUGGGGAAAAUAUGUCCAUAGAGAUGAACUACAACAACUUUCCAUGUGGUGGAAAGAUUUGGGGUUGACAAGAGAGCUAAAGCUGGCAAGAAAUGAGCCAAGUAAAUGGUACACAUGGUCCAUGGCAAUGCUGAUUGAUGAUAUCAGCCUAUCUUCACAGAGGCUGCACCUCUCCAAAUCCAUUGCUUUUAUUUAUUUGAUUGAUGAUAUUUUUGAUCUUUAUGGCACCUUAGAUGAAUUGAUUCUCUUUACAGAAGCAGUUCAUAUAUGGGACUAUGAUGCGAUGAAUAUGCUGCCGGGCUACAUGAAGCUGUGUUACAAGGCACUGCUUGAUACCAAAAACCAGAUUGGAUGCACCAUUUGUGAAGAGCAUGGAUACAAUCCUAUAAACUCUCUUAAACAAACGUGGGCAAGUUUGUGUGAUGCAUUUCUAGUGGAAGCAAAAUGGUUUGCCUCAGAUAAUUUUCCAAAUGCAAAUGAGUAUUUAGCCGAUGGAAAGGUGAGCUCAGGGGUGCAUGUGGUGUUAGUCCACUUAUUCCUUCUUUUAGGUCACAAUGCUACCAAUUUGGAUGAUAUAUCCAAUCUAAUUUCAUCCGUUGCUGCAAUUCUUCGCCUUUGGGACGACAUGGGGACUGCCCAGGAUGAGCAUCAAAAUGGUGCUGAUGGAUCAUAUAUACAAUGCUACAUGAAUGAUCAACCGGGCAUAUCAUAUGACCAAGCACUAGAGCAUGUCUCAGAUAUGAUAGAAAGAGAAUGGAAACAGCUCAACAAGGGGUGCUUCAAUCUGAACAAUCACUCAACACGACCCCUUCAAGAAGCUUCUCUUAAUCUUGCAAGAGUGGUGCCUCUCAUGUAUAGUUAUGAUGACAAUCAACGGCUUCCGGUGCUUGCAGGAUACAUGAAUCUUAUGUUGCGUCUUCCAGUCGCGAUUUAA